AUGUCGCUUCCACUUGCUCCAUCUAGCAUCAAUCAAAACCGAAAUGCUAUCCAAGAGAACAAUCUUUCCUGUGGGCUCUGCCCAAGCAGUUUUGCACAAAGGUCUGGUCUCAGCAGACAUGUUAGUGUGAAGCAUGGAUCUCCGAAGAUCCAUUUGGAGAAUGAAAUCGCUCGGUUCAAAGCGUCAGAUCCCGACUUCAAUGAGUCUCAAUUUCUACAAGACGUUUUUAUGGCUUACUACUCAAUCCAAAAAAUGAUUGAGAACAAAGAAAAUGAACCAACUUCGGAGACCUUUCUGACUCAACCGAUGGCUGAAGAUGUGUCUGACAGCGUGAGGAGUCCAUUGGGAUUUGGGAUCGACCGUUUUCUAGAACCACUCAAAUCAAACUCGAUGUGUAAAAUUAAUUGCUAG